AUGGCGCCGACGACGAAGACCGUGCCGCCGGCGGCGAGCUCGGCUAGGCCGCUAGCAGUGGCUUGGCACGUGCGGUCGGCAAGCGUGCCGUGCCACACGCACCCGCUGGCGGACGUGGAUGACCAGCUCCUGGCGCUGCGGUCAUGGACGUCCAACCCGGGACCCAAGUACCCGCUAUCACUAGCGCACGUGCGCGCGCUUCUCUGCGUGCUGGACGAGCUGCUGCGCCUCCCGCUGGCGCAGGCCGCUUUGUCCCGCUCCGCCGGCACCGCCGACUCCGACGGCCUGCUGCUGGACGGCUUCCUCGUCCUGGCCGACGCCUUCGGAAUGUUCCUGGCGGCGUUGGUGGCGCUCCGCCAGCACGCGGCCGAGCUCCGCGCCGCCGUGCGCAGGCCCGACAGCGCCAAGCUGGCCUCGGCCGCUCGCGCGCAGCGACAGGCUGGGAGGAAGCUCGAGCAGCUCGCCGCCGCCGUCGCUCGCGAGGCCGGCGGCGGCGGCAUGGGCGGCGCGCACGCGGAGGCGGCCGAGGUCGCGAGGGCGGUUGCCGAGGCCGUCAACGAUACCGCGGCGGCGGCCGCGGCCGUGUUCCUCGAGGUCGGCGCCGUCGCUAACGCCGCGGCGGCGUUGGCGUCGCCGGCCUCGGCUUCGCCCAAGAAGAGCCGGCUGCUGCCGCUGUCCAGGAGCAGGCAGAGGUCGGUGAUGGGUGACGGUGAGGAGCGGCGGGAGGGUGCGGCGCUGGAGAAGCUGCAGGAGCUGGAGCAGUGCGUGAGGGAGCUGGAGAGCGAGAGCGAGAAGGUGUUCAGGAGCCUCGUGCAGACCAGGGUUUCCUUGCUCAACAUUCACACACGCCAACAUUUUAGUUACAGCUUGGUGUGA